GUCUUUAUCUCCUAAAAGAAAUUAAAAAGGAAGGGUUAGUUCGUGCAAACUUCCUUGCCGCCUAGUAGCUAUUAGAAUGAUUAAUUAAUUUUGUUUAGAUCAUUCUGCUGAUAAUACUUUUCAUGUUUAUGGCAAGCUUCCAUAUGAGUUGUCUUCAAGUAUUACAAAACCUAUGUUUGACCAAAUAUAUUGAUUAGCCCUCAUUUCUUAUGAUAUAAAAGGGUACCAAAAUAAGGUCAUUUUGUAAACAAAGACAGGCAGUAACCAACCUGACCAACUUCUCUUCCACUUUCUGUAUAAUUUUAUCUCAAAAGAAAAGAACCCAUCUCAAGAGGAAACCGAACAAUAGUUUUCCAUUUCCAUGGCUUCUUCGUUAUCUUCUUCAUGUUACACAGCUCUGAUAAAGCCAUCUCUCAAGCUCAGUGUUACUCGUCGUCCAGCUUUGCAAGUUCGAGCACAGAGAUUUAGAGACGAAGGGAGGUCACCCAGUGACAUUGUUGAGGCAAAUUUGAGUGUCUUGAAAGAGAGAAUACAGGAGGUUAAGAUGAAGGAGAGGCUUGAGAGAUGUUGCAGAUGUGAACAUGGGUGGAACUAUGCAUCUGGGUAUAAUUACAAGCUCAAAAAACAAGCAGAGUUAUCUCAGUUUUUUGAUCUUCUAACUUUGGUUUUUGGCACUUUUGGUUUCACUUGUCUUAGCGGUACUUUUGUCCUUUGCAUGUUUUCUCUUUUAGCUCAUUUAAAUCUUAUUGAUUUAUUAUAAUAACCUUUGCAGUUAUAAAUGAUUGAUUUUUCUUUCGUUUUUUUUAUA